AUGAGAUAUGGGAAGAGCCAGAGUGUCAAUAGGUUGAAUCUUUUAGCAAGUCCCAGAACAUGGUUUGGGCAAAAGAAAAACAUCGCAGAGCUAGCCAGGGGUUGCCAUGAAACGUCAGAUGAUGAGAUCUCUUCAAAUGCUAGCACUGACGAAGGGCUGGAAUGUCCUAUAUGCUGGGAAUCAUUCAAUAUUGUCGAGAACGUGCCUUAUGUUUUAUGGUGCGGCCACAGCCUCUGCAAGAACUGCAUCUUGGGACUUCGUUUAGCUACUCUGAAGUUUUCCGCGCAUCAGAUCCAGAUUCCCUUUUUUGUUUCCUGUCCUUGGUGCAAUUUGCUGACAUUUCGUUUCCUUUACAAGGGGAAUAUUAGAUUUCCAAGCAAGAACUUCUUCAUACUGUGGAUGGUGGAGAGCAGAAACGGUGAGAGGGUGAAGGCACUUUCCUCCAUCUGCAGAGAUUGUCAACAAAUAUGGUCUCAGCGGUGCCCUUCAACUACAGGAGAUAGCUCCUCUGAUGCCACCAACAGGAGGGUGCAUCGUCUUAGUCAUCCAAGCUACAUAAAUAACCACAGCCGCUACAGAGAUAGAUUCACUCCCGAAAGGCUCCAGAUGUCCUUCCACAACACCCUCGACUUCUUCAUUAGAGCGAUGGCCAAGUUUCCGCUGGUCCUCCUCCUCAUGAUCGUCACGUUUGCAUUACCUGCGUGUGCUGCUAUCCUAAUGCUCUACUUGGCAAUAACAAUUCUCGUUGCGGUUCCAGCCUUCUUGGUGCUGUAUUUCGCAUAUCCCGUGCUUGAUUGGCUAGGAAGAGAGAUGAGAACUUAG